AUGCUUGAGGAGCUGGUCGCUUGGCAAGGGGACGUCGUAUGGACUCUAUGUCUUGGAUUCGUGAUUUCGUUUAUCUUGGCGUUUGCCAUUGGUGCCAAUGACACGGCCAAUUCUUUCGGUACAUCGGUUGGCAGUAAAGUCAUCACAUUGCAUCAGGCUUAUAUACUGGCCAGCAUAUUCGAAACACUUGGGGCAUGUUUGCUUGGUGAGUGUUUUGAAAAAAGUAAUUAAGUUAUUUACAUACAUAAUGUAAUGCUUACGAAAUCACAAAAAAAAAAUUCAGGAUAUCAAGUUACGGAUACAAUGCGGAAGGGUGUAAUUGAUCUUGAGGUAUACAAAGACGCCGAGAAGGAGCUGAUGCUUGGACAGAUCGCUGUACUCAGUGGUUGUGGCGCUUGGCUUUUGAUAGCUACAUUUUUCAAGCUCCCAGUUUCAACAACUCAUAGUAUUGUUGGAGCCACAGUUGGGUAUUCGCUUGUUCUCCGCGGAACCGAAGGGAUCAAAUGGUACAAGAUCAUCAACAUCUGUAAGUAGACUUCGGGGAAUCCGUAUAUUUUUUAUCUUCUUUUUUAAACAUCGGAUUUCAGUUAUGUCCUGGUUUGUUUCCCCAGUCUUUGCUGGCCUUAUUUCGACGGUCUUCUAUCUCUUAAUUGAUCACACAGUUCUUCGACGGGUAAGUAUAAAGAAUAACUGACUGAUCAGUGCUGUUUAGAAUCGGCCAUUGAAGUGGGGCCUGAGUCUUUUGCCUGGCCUUUACUUCAUCUGCGUUGGGUUUAACGUGUUUGCCGUCGUAUACCAAGGAUCCUCUUAUAUUGGAUUUGACAACUGGCCGCUCUCUCGAGUUCUUAUUGUUACUUUUGGAAUGGGCCUUUUGGCUGGGGUGAUCGUCCAAGUAUUUGUGGUAAAGCGUCUCAGACAGUCAAUCGUUGGCGGCGAUUUGGAAAGUCUGGCAGUUAAUGAUUCACCCAGAGCAACUGAGAAAGUAAACGGAUUCGGAAAAGAACCUCUAAUCGAAAAUGGAAAGGAGAACGGUUCCGUGGGUAAGCAGACAGCUCUAAAAAAAUAAAUAUUUUUAUGUCAACAUCUCUGUUUUGAGUACACGUAUUAUUUUCAGUCCCGACAAUCAAACCGACGUCGUCAGUUGUUAGUUUCUUUCGUUCGGACAAACCGGAAGAUCCCCAGGCAUCCCAAUUAUUCAACUUCCUGCAAAUCAUGACAGCUUGCUUCGGAGGAUUCGCUCAUGGCGGGAAUGAUGUGAGUAAUGCCAUUGCUCCUCUGGUCUCUUUGUACGCAAUCUACAAAGAGGGAAGCGUCGCUCAGAGUGGAACUACUCCGAUACUUCUUCUCCUUUAUGGGGCUGUGGGUAUGUGCGUUGGAUUGUGGGUCCUCGGACAUCGAGUAAUCUCAACGGUCGGCGAAAAUAUAACCAAGAUUACUCCUCCAAGGUAUGCCUUAAUUCAAUUUUAUCAUUGUUUCCGGUAAUCGCGGGUAAUUUGAUUUCUUCCAGUGGAUUUUCAAUUGAGUUUGGAGCCGCGGUUACCGUUCUGAUAGCCUCAAAGUUCGGAAUGCCUAUCAGCUCCACUCAGUGUAAGGUCGGUAGUGUCGUUGCUGUCGGACUGGUACAGGCUAAUUCCGAUGUUCAUUGGGGUGUCUUCAGAAAUAUCUUCCUUUCAUGGCUGGUUACCCUACCUGUAGCGAGUAAGUGUUAAAACAGUUAAAGCUUGUACUCUGAGUCACUUGUAGUUCUAACUUCUGUACUUUUAGGCCUUCUCAGUGCGGGUGUGAUGCUGCUAUUAAAAACGAUAGCUUUAUAA